CAGCCAAUAGUCUUUUCGUGCGAAGCAACACUGUUCAACAGCGCGGUCAAAACCUUUUAUUCUCGUCCUUUCUUCCCAAUUCUCCACUUUCAGAAACCACAAGAUCACAAGGAAAGGAGAAGGAAAAAAAAAAAGGAAAAAAAAACUUAGUUUCCUCAAAUUCCCAAAUCGGAAACCCUAACCCUAAUCACUCAUCAUUCAGCCCCACUUCGAUCUAUGGAGAUGGACUUUUUAGACGGUAACUUUGACCUAAAAGAGAUUCAGCAGCUCGAAGGGCACACCGAUAGGGUUUGGAGCCUCGCUUGGAAUCCGGUGACCGGCGCCGGAGUAAUCCCGGCGAUGCUCGCUUCUUGCAGCGGCGAUAAGACCGUAAGGAUCUGGGAGCAGAGACCUUCUGGUUCUUGGGCCUGCAAGGCUAUCUUGGAAGAUACUCACAAUCGAACGGUUAGAUCUUGUGCUUGGUCACCUGAUGGAAAAUUGUUGGCCACUGCAAGUUUUGAUGCCACAACUGCUAUAUGGGAGCAUGUGGGUGGCGAUUAUGAUUGCAUAGCUACAUUGGAGGGCCAUGAAAAUGAGGUCAAAAGCGUAUCUUGGAGUGCUUCUGGGUCUUUGCUUGCCACAUGCGGUAGAGAUAAAUCUGUAUGGAUCUGGGAAAUGCAACCUGGUAAUGAGUUUGAAUGCGUAUCUGUGUUGCAAGGUCACACUCAGGAUGUCAAGAUGGUUCAAUGGCAUCCGUUUUAUGAUGUUCUUGUUUCUGUCAGCUAUGACAACACUAUUAAGGUGUGGGCAGAAGAAGGUGAUAGUGAUGAUUGGCAUUGUGUGCGAACAUUAGGGGAAGCUAACAGUGGUCAUUCAUCAACAGUUUGGGCAUUGUCCUUCGACUCUCGUGGAGAUAGAAUGGUUACAUGCAGUGAUGACCUUACAUUGAAGAUUUGGGACACUAGCAAUGACCCAUCUCAGACGGUUGGUGAUAAUGAUCGGCCGUGGAGUCAUUUAUGUACUCUAUCUGGAUAUCAUGAUAGGACUGUAUUUUCAGUUCAUUGGUCAAGGGAGGGUGUAAUUGCCAGUGGAGCAGCUGAUGAUGCUAUUCGUCUUUUUGUUGAGAGCAAAGACUAUUCGGUUGAUGGGCUAUCUUACAGAAUGUUGCUGAAGAAGGAAAAGGCCCAUGACAUGGAUGUGAACUCUGUACAGUGGAGCCCAAAGGAACCAAGAUUGCUAGCCUCUGCAAGUGAUGAUGGCACAAUAAAGAUAUGGGAACUAAUUGAAGUGUCCCAAUAAUAUCCUGCUGCAAUUUUCUUGUAAGAUUUUCAAAUAUAGAAGCUAAUCUCCAUAAAACAAUCUCAUUCACCUUAAACUAUGUUCUAGUUCAGAAACAUUGUACAUUAGAGCCUAUUAGGGAAAUCCCUGGUAGCUAAAUACAGGGAUUUUCUUAUACAGCCAGUCAGUUUAUGAGGGAAAAAAGCGGGGAAACAAUACAAAACAGAAAAUAUGAGCUUAAUAUCUGUGUGAAUAUGAUCAGGCUGCAUCUCUUCUGAUCUCUUAUUAAUAUCUAUCACUUGAUCUCUGUUCUGGACGCCCGCAAGCAGCCACCAGCGCUCUCCGGGCCAACAAAAUUGCUUCAGGUUCUAAGGAGCUAUCGAUAUUUGAAACCAAGCCUGUCCAUGCCUUGAGCAUGCUUUCAUUUCCCCAGGUAUCAGGUACACGAGUUCUACCUGCCAUUUGUCUCCUAUGCUUCUUUAUCCUCUCUGGCACGGUGUCUUCUUCUUCGAUAGCCUCUCGCUUCUUGGACUUCAAAGUGCUCAGCUCAGGCUGAAGGCUCCCCACUGGAGACUUUAAUUCUUUGUUGCUUUGAUUUGGCGUGUUGAUUUCGCUUCUUUGUUUCGGCUAUUACUUCUGUUGUUUUGUUUUGGUUGAAGAGUUGUGAAAGAGGGAAGAGAGUAUAAAUUGAAGGAUAGGUGGGGAAAAGAGAGGACACGGUGGGGUGUUAUUUCCAUAUAUUGAGAUUCAAUGUUUUGUGGCUGCAGUGGCUUUAAGGAGAGAUUGUAUCUUUGGAUUGUGAGGGGCAAUGGUGCUGUAGGAUUUGAUUUGGUCCAGGGCCUAACUUUUGAGAUAUGUCACAUGCGAGCAUGUAUUUAUUUUCUUGCAGCUGGACUUUAUGGAUUGCGUUAAGCAAUGACCAUAAAACGCAGCUAGGGGAUUUUUCUAGUGUAUUGGAUUAUAUUGCAUGGUUGCAUACGUGAUGGUACAGAAAAGAUAUCUUUUGGAUCAACUAUGUUGAGUCUCUAAGUUCUCUUAUGAUUUGUACUGAUCAAAAGUUCUCCAUGUAUCUAUCUAGUGGGGAUGGUUCAUGAUAUUUAAUACGUAUCAAAUGGAUAUCAACUAGUA